CCGCUGACUUUAUAUAUACUAUAUACUUCCAGUAUAGGCAGUGAAUAUUAAAAUAUAGCCACUUGGCACAUUGCAUAUAGAGAUCAGUGAGUGAGUAGAGUCAUGGGCUUCGAAAUGUUCACGUAACUUUGCUUUCGUAGGACUGAUUUAUAAAAACAGCCAUCGAAGAUAUUUUUACCAAAUUUAACGGGACCCCCUGAAGAUGGGCUCUGGCCAAAGUGCUCGCAAAUUAACCAUCACAAAUGAAGAAGAAAUCGGCGUGAUUAAGGUGUCCAACUCGCUUGUACAACGUAUCGCUCAGGGAGAGAAAGCGAAAGCUAACGAACCUCCUGUGAACGCAGAACCUACAACGCCGGCUCAACAUAUAACAUCUUCUGCAGCGACAGUUCUACCUGCGAACGCGACGUCUGGACACCAAGUGUACUAUUAUCCUGAAUUAACAAUGUCAGCUCAUCAAGUACAUCAACAGAAGGAACAAGAGUUAAAACAGCAAGAACAAUAUUGGCGUAAGCGCUUACGGAAUAUAGAUGAUUCUUAUCAAAAGAUCAACCGCAUCUUUGCAGAAGAAUACCAAAAAGCCACGGCUGAAGUUUCUACUAAAGCUGGACAAAAUAUUACCGGCACUCAAGGUACAGUACAACCAUGCCUAGAGAACAGCAAUAAAGUUCUGAAGUGUUUCCAGAGCCAUCCCAAGGAAACACUUGCGUGUUCGAAUUUAGUAGAAGAGUUCUCAAAUUGUGUCUGGAAUGUGCAUUACACACAUGCAAUCGAAGCACGUUCGUAAUAUGUCACACAUUCAAUGGAUUCUUCAAAGGACAUUUAGUCGAUAAUAAUAAAUUAAAAAGUAAGGUGUAAAGAGUUGAAAAUGGAUAUUUUAUUCUCAACAGAAUUACUGAUGAGAAGUAGUAUGAUGCAAGAAAAAAUUUAUAAGAAAAAUGUAAA